UGUAUAGUUACAGAGGCAUGGUGCGAAUAAUUUCGACUCUAUUCUGCAGUUUCUCAUUAACUUGCUAAGACCGAAGAAUGGUACAGAGAGGCCAAAUACGACUACAAUACAAGCAACUAUUGGACAGUUCGAGGACGCGUUAGAUCAGUUUCCUCUGCUAAGUGUUCUGAACAGCCAGUUUCGCCUCUGGAACAUAACCUUCAAUGAGACCGAUGAGAUAAUCAUCAGUCAAAUUGGGUUGGUGAAAGAAGUGUUGAAGUUUUAUAUGGGCAACGAUCCGGACGUCGUUUUCAAUAACUUCGGCGUUAAAGACGCUGCCAGACUUCUCCGGUACUCCUCGAAGGAGUUCCUGAACAACACGGAGUAUUUGUGCGAAGGAGCCGAGCCGACCAGGGAGCGCUUCUGCAUCACUCUUUUGAGGCCCAGAGCGCGGCACAUUGUGAGCAAGUUGUAUGGCCAGCGUUACUUGGGAACACACGCGAGAAUGCAGGCCCGAUACAUCCUCAGCUACAUUGGUGACGCGUUCGACCGUCAGUUGAAACGAACACCAUGGAUGGAUGAGGGGACGAAGAAGAAGGCCAGAAUGAAGCUGCGCAAGAUGGUGCCCCGUGUCGGCUAUCCCCUUCAAUAUCUGAACGACAGCUUCAUGGAAUCAUUGUACAGCAGAGUCGGAAAGGUAUUCAGAAACGAAUCGCUGUCUGCCAUCAUUCUCCGCUUUGACUACAACGCCAUGUACAUGAUGAUGUCUGACAUCAGAUCACGCGUGAAGCUAAGUCGGGACUUCGAAUUUGAUUACUCGGAGAGGAACAGUCGUUACAUGGUGAAUUACAACACUGUGGUGAUCCAGGCGGGCUUUCUUCAGGACUUUUUCUUCAAUGAAACUAUGCCUUUGUAA